CUGCCACUGUGCCACCUUAUGAACAUUGAACCUUCCAAGCAUUCGCCGAGUCGCGUUUCCCUAACAUACCUAAGGUAAAGAACAUUUAGAGGACGAAGUUCAUAAUUCAUACUAUAUAGGAGCUUUAGUUCUAUCGUACCCUAUCGACAGUAGCAUAUUCAAGCCUCAAAGUUGCUCUGAUAUUUUUGGGUUAUUGGCCGGUGCAGUCGGUCGAACGAUUCUCACAUCAGCGGACCGCCCCGGAAAUCGGCAAAGAUGACUGAGAUCGUGACGAGCCAAACACCUCCUAUUCUGCACGGGCCGACGGAGAAGGAGAAGAAGUAUGACAGACAGCUCAGACUAUGGGCUGCUAGUGGUCAAGCCGCUCUUGAAUCAGCCAAUAUCCUCCUCGUCAACUCUGGCGCCGGCACUGUGGGCGUAGAAACACUGAAGAACCUUGUCUUGCCAGGUAUAGGAAAGUUCACGAUAGCAGAUGAUGCUAAAGUGAACGAGGCUGAUUUAGGAGUCAACUUCUUUCUUGAUGAGAGUUGCUUGGGAAAACUCAGGUCAGAAUGCUGUACGAAGCUACUCCAGGAGCUAAACCCAGAGGUACAGGGUGAAUGGUUCCCAAAGGAAGAGGGUAUACUGGAUCUACGCAGCGUUCUUGAGUCUUCACCUACCUUCACUCUUAUCAUGUACACGAAUCCUAUUAAAAAGGAACUUCUUUCAAUCAUGAAGUCCUAUGCCAGUCAGCAUAAGACUCCGCUGGUGGCGAUUCAUUCUGCCGGGUUUUAUUCUUAUUUCCGCAUCAGUCUUCCAGGAACCUUUCCAAUAGUCGACACUCACCCCGAGGUAGAGAAGACAACAGAUCUUCGACUCCUGAAUCCCUGGCCUGAGCUCAUCGAGUUUUCUCGAGACAUGACGAAGGACAUUGAUGCCCUAGAUGAUCAUGAACAUGGACAUUUGCCAUAUGUCGUCAUAUUACUCCACUACCUCGAGGAAUGGAGACAAUCACAUAACGGCCAGAAUCCUACCAGCUACAAUGAUAAAACGGCAUUUAACAAGUUUGUCCUAAGCAAGGCAAGGACCAAUAACCCAGAGGGUGGGGAGGAGAACUUCCAAGAAGCCGCUACUGCCAUCAAUAAGAACAUUAAAGCUCCUGAAUUAGAACCUGGUGUGCAAGAGAUCUUCAAUCACCAAGUCGCAAAUGAGAUUGAGCGCCAGUCGUCUUUCUGGGUUAUCGCAAAGGCAAUUGAGGCAUUCUACAACAAACAUGGUUGUCUCCCCCUGCCUGGGGCCUUACCCGAUAUGAAGGCCCAGUCUACUGUCUAUGUCAAACUGCAAAGUAUAUACAAGGCAAAAGCUCGGCGAGACGCUCAGGAAGUACUAGAAACUGCCAGGGCCUUACCUGGUGGCAAAGACGUUGAUCCCGCCGAGGUAGACCUCUUCUGCAAGAACGCUCGAUUCGUGAAGCUCAUCAAUGCAACACCAACGAGUGAAGAUCUCGAUGCAAUCUUUGACGCUGAGACGAUGAACGACGAGGCGGCCGAGGCUAUGAAGGUCGAGACCGACGGGGCGUUUACUCUCCCCAUGUCUAAUCUCUUCAUUUAUCUAGCCCUCGUGGCGACUAGCCACAAUAUUGCGUCUACCGCCGAUGAAAUCAUGAGCUCCAUAAGUAAUUUAAUACCCAAGGCGGCCGGGAACAAGAGAGCACUGGAAGCUUCUCAGGAGGUAGCACGAGCUGCUGGCGGCGAACUUCACAACAUAUCCGCCCUAACUGGAGGAAUGGUUGCGCAGGAAAUCAUCAAAAUCAUCACGAAGCAGUACAUCCCAAUUGAAAAUACCUGCAUAUUCGACGGCAUCAGUAGCCGGUGCCAGGUACUUCGGCUAUAGUAGGUGGACCCCGGGAAGGUGACAGCCAGCUAGCAGAAGAUAUUCCCAUAGGCAUAUCAUCCGCAGAUCCGGGUUAUUCAUGGGGAAGUUGGAGAACUUGUGGAGAAUCGUGAAAAGCCUGGAAGCUUGGCAAGCCUGACGAUACUACAUAUUCACACCAUCUCACCUUCUGGCUGGAGAAGGCGGGGGAUGUUAUUGUCGGACCGUAGACCCUCUGCGGUAACGCCAAACAUGAUGUACGACAGCUACUAAAUGUAGCCUAAUCGUGCCCUCGGUCAACGAUGAAUAAUUUUAGCCUUGCUGACUGUUACUAGAGAAGCCUAUCUAGUUGGAUGAAGUCACAACCAGUUACGCUAAACCUGGAGUGCAUGUUCGUGCGUAAUGUCAAUCCCCAUGAAUGGUCGAAGUGACGGUGUGGCUGCCACAUGCUUAAUAUUAGCCCUAAAAAUUUGGGAUACGUAUGUCCACUCCCCAAUAC